CACACAAACACUGUUACAUCGCCUUGUACGGACACCAUCGGGGGCGGGCUGGCUUCAUCCGAGAACGACUAGAUGGCGCUCCCGAAGAUUGCGCUCGUCACAGGGUGUACCCCCGGCGGUAUCGGCCAUGCGCUCGCGAAAGAGCUUCGACAGCGCGGUUUGAAAGUGAUCGCGACUGGGAGAACGCUAGAAAAGAUUGCCGGUCUGAAAGAGUUGGGAGUCGACUGCGUGGCGCUCACCGUGGACGACCCCAAAAGCGUGGCUGCGUGCCACGAGGAAGUCGUGAAGCUGCUGGAAGGCAAAGGGCUGGAUUAUCUGGUCAACAAUGCUGGAUUCGCUGUCUUUCGGCCAGCAACCGAGACUGACCUUGACGAGUGCAAGAGAAUGUUCGGCGCCAAUGUCUUGGGCGUAAUCAAUAUGUGCCAAACGUUCCUACCCGAAUUACUCGUCGCAAACGGAACUAUUGUCAACGUUGGCUCCGUUGCCGGCCACAUGCCGUUGCCAUUCAUGUCCAGCUACUGUGCAACAAAAGCAGCGCUGCACGCUUACUCCGAAUGCCUACGAGUUGAGGUUGCUCCUCUCGGAGUUAAGGUCACUUAUGUUCAGACCGGGAAUGUCAGGACCAAUAAAGAUUGUACAAAGUACCACUUGGACAAGCGUAGCCUUUGGUAUCCUAUCAAGGAUACUUAUGAGAGGGAGCAAGAAAGGGCUACCGGUGGGAUGGACAGUGCAGACUUUGCAAGAAGAUUCGCUACACGCAUGCUAGGUGGCUAUAAACAUACUAUUUGGAUUGGAGAAGGCUCCUUGAUGUGCAGGAUCAUUGGUGCUUUGGAGCUUUACCUGCCCUUCCGGAUUUUCCCAUUCGCAUUUUCGCAGAGCUACGGCAUGCAGAGGAUCGCAAGUUCAUCAAAAAUGAACACCUGGCUUACAUAAUACGCAAAGAAACUUCACCGCACAACCCUCAUCCACUCUACAUUACAAGCCAGAAUGAACAGCAUGUGUAUUGCUUGUCAUGAUACAACUAUGUCUGCGGCUGCAGCAUCCUCGACACCGGCUUACCGCACAAGUCUACCCCAGUUGGAUUUAGUAUCUUUGUCUUACGGUUUCCGUUCCUUAUCCUGAUCAUUUGGAACAUGCACC